AUGUCGGCUGCUCGCAAACUCCUCAUCGCUGUCGUUCCGCUCAUCGCGGCGGGACCUCUAAUCGCGUUCGGACCCGAAUACCGAUGCCUCUUCAUUAUUAUUGUGCUAUCGACGUACUGGAUCGGCGAGAUUCUUCCCGUCGGCGUCACAUCCCUUCUACCAUUGGUCAUGUUCCCCGCGCUUCACGUCGUCAGCUCGCGGAGCAUCUCGCAGGUCUACUUCAAAGACUCCAUCGUCCUCUUCAUGUCGACAUUGAUCAUGGCGAUGGCGGUCGAAGCCACCGGCCUUCAUCGGCGGAUUGCGCUGAAGCUUUUGAGCAAAGUUGGAACGAGUCGUCCAGUAAUGCUUUUCGGAUUCAUGGCCGUCACGUGCUUCAUCUCAUUCUUCGUUUCCGACACCGCGUGCACGGCGCUCAUGUGCCCGACGGCCGUCGCGCUUCUCACAAGCAUGGCCGACGCGGCGGCGGCGAACGACGUCGACCAUCGCCAGCCGACGGCAUCAUCAUCAUCAUCGUCGUCGUCGUCGGCAAGUGUCGCCGACAAAUUGGGCCUCGCCAAAAUGUGCAAAUCGGAUCGCGCCUUCUGCAAAGCGCUUCUGCUGUCGUGCGCGCACGCGUCCCUCAUCGGCGGCACCGCCAUCAUCACGUCGACGGGCCCGAAUUUGGUGUUUCGCGAGAACCUCCAAAAACGCUAUCCGAACGCCGACGUCGGCAUGACGUAUUUGCAGUGGAUGGUGUUCGCGAUGCCGCCGAUGCUGAUCUAUCUCGUCGCCUCGUUUGUCGUUCUAGUGUGCUAUUUCAUGGGACCAUCGGCGUUGUGGAAUUCGACGCCGAAUCGCGCGCUCAACGCGUCCAUCAAAAAACGAAUCGCGCUCAUGUACACCGAGUUGGGCGCGAUCACGUUCGCCGAGAAGUCCGUCUUCGCCUUCUUCGUCAUUCUCAUCGCCGCGUGGAUCACACGCGAUCCGGGAUUCGCGCCCGGCUGGUCGCAAUCGUUGCCCGACGCCGCGUUCGUUUCCGACAGCGUCGUCGGCAUUCUCAUCGCGUGCCUCAUGUUCAUUUGGCCGCGCGAUCCGUUCGACGCCGUCGAUCCGCUCAGGCCCAUCCUUCAGUGGUCCGAUAUGAAGGCCAAGUACUCGUGGUCGUGCACACUUCUUAUCGGCGCCGGCUACGCAAUCUCCGAUGGCGUUGACAAAUCCGGUCUCUCUCAUCUGAUCGCCUGCACAAUGCGAAAACUAUUCAAUGGAAUGCAGGCGCUUCCACUCCAAGUAACCAUCACAACCACUAUCGUAAUAAUGACGGAGUUCGCCUCAAACGUCUCCACCGCCCGCAUUUUCAUUCCGAUCUCACUCGUUGUCGCCGAAUCAAUGCAGCUGCACCCGUUGUAUUUGAGUUUGCCGACGACAGUCGCCUGCUCGUUCGCCUUCAUGCUGCCCAUCUCGACGCCGCCGAACGCGAUCGUCUAUGAUACGCGAGUGAUCACCAUGCUCGAAAUGAUCACCGUCGGAUUCCUUUUGAAUAUUUGCUGCAUCGUAAUCACCACUCUCAACAUGAACACAUGGACAAUGCUGAUCUUCAAUCUCAACUCGGUUCCCGACACAAUUCUCGGCUUUAAUUCAACAUUUUCAAACAAUGAGUGCUAG